AUGUGGAAACGAACCAUCCCCACCGUCCGGAAAACCGUCUCCGAGAGGCUACUAAGCACCAGCACCAGCCGAAGCCCUCGCUCCCUACGCCCUGACAACCCCAUCCUCACGACCCCCCAACACCCCCGGACCCUAAGCACAACACCCCUCCUCCGCAAAGAGAAUCCCAAAACAUACGACAGCAACGAGCGCGAAAAGCUCGACCCGAUGAGCAACGAAGUCACGAAAUCCGGCACCGACGACGAAGUAGCGCGUUCCUCGACCUCCUACGAUUCAUCGAACACAGCGCCCGAGAGUGAACUCGCGGCCGGCGAGAAACAACGCAUGGAGGAAGGGAAGCCUGGGAAUCCGCUUGAUGUGAGCCCGGCGAAUCCGGAGGUUAGUGCGUGGAGGAGGCCGACGGAGGGGCAGCCGGAACAGGGGCGUGAGAAACAGCGUGGCCAGACGGGGAGAGGUACGGUGAGGAAGAAUCGGAAGGUUGAGGUUAAGGAGGAUGGGUCGCAUGUUGCGUAUAGUCAAUAG